CUCGCCAGUUGCUGCAUCUACCUCGGUAAUCUCGGUAUAGUCAGUAAUGAUCCAACUCUCAAGACGGCAAGUUCGAACGACAAGUGGCAAACUCUAACAAGUGUGAGAGAAAGGUUUCAAAGUUUUGCAAGUGAGAAGUGCACCGCAGAAACGGCAGCGACAAAGAUUCCCGAGAAUUUCAGUUAGCCAUGGGGGUUGCCAUGACUUCCGUGGUAACAGUCGCAUGGAUUUUGUUGGUAACAACGACUGCUGCGGAAGACUGUUCAACCGAUGCUGAUUGUUUUCAACAUCAGUAUUGCUACGAAACGUCCAAAAAGUGCGUCAACUAUACGGAGUGUGCCUUAUUUGACAGGCAGAAAGGCCAAAAACUAGCCCGCGAUGCCAAGCAAUGUGGUCCUUGUCUUCCGGGUUUUUCCGCUGAAGUCAAGACGGACGGUCACGAAUCAGAUACGUGCAAGAAAAAUGAAGCAAAUCAGUAUUCGUACAGCACUCGUAUAGUAUGCGGAAUAAUCGUGUGUAUCGUAAUUAUUGCUAUCGUCGCUUACGUUAUAUACUUCGUGGUUAAAUCGAAAUGUUGGGAAAAACUUUCAACAUGUGGUUUCGAACGUACAGUUUCGGUGAUAAAACCGACUGCUCCUCCGGCAUCAUCAAAUAACAAUGAUUAUGGGGAUAUGUAUGAACUGCGUAUACCGCUGCAAGCAAAUGGAUCUACUAAUUAUCCCGGUGCUGUGAAGGAACAUUAUAAGCCAGUGAAGGCGCAAGCCUUUCAGGCACCAGAAUGGGUUAAUACAGAUGCAAAUUAUGAUUCUCAAGAAAGCCCGGCAGCGCUAACAACGACUUUAGAAAUACAAGAUGAAGAAACAAUCCAGAGUAAUUGGACGCCUGGACAAAUUACUUCACCCACUGUCACCGAUAGACCGUUUGCGAGUAUUUCCGCUGAACAGGCUGAGAACACAACGAAUACGGCCCUAGACCUUGUUACUCGGUGUCCUAUCCCUUCAUCUUCCGGUCAAGAACGUAGAGAAAAUAGCGGACCGUCGGCCACACCACCACGCCCUGAACAUAGUAACGCUAAUCCAAAUCCGCCCUCUGCCACCUUCAUUUCGGCCAAUGUUAAUUUAAACGUGAUAAACUCGGGAUGCUGCUCAAAUAGCCAUAAAUGAAUUAUUUACUACUGGCAGGAUGCGCAAUUUGUUAUUAUUAUAAUUGAUUGUAACGGUGCUUUCGAUAUUUGAAAUUUUUAAUUUUUUACCGUCAUCGUUAUGUUACUCCUAAAUUUUAUCAGUAUUAGAAGGGAAAAAAAUCAUUUGUACAUGCCAGCGUAUAGGUUUCAUUCCGAAAUGGAUUUAUAAUUUCAAAUAAGCUGAAUAUUGCUCCAAAAUGAUGUUGCACUUUUGAAUUGAAUUAAUUGAAAAAUUUAUCACGAUGUAGUAGUGGAAUUGAAUACAUAGUUUAUUUUUUGUUUUUAUUUUUUGUUUUUAUAAUUAUGUGUCAAAGAAAUUUAAUACUUAAAAAUCCACUACAUUCCUUUUUUUUAGUUCCCAUGUUUAACUGAGAUGUUUGAGGUUGAAAUAUGAUUGCAUCAUUUUUACGAAUAAUUUCUUUGUUACUUAUUUAUUGCGUUUAGGAAUAGGAACUGACUUAAUAUGUAUUACAUCACAUGAACAAAAAUAUUAUGUACCAUCAAAUGGUAUAUGAAAUCAAUAAAUAAUUAACAUUUAUGUGAUGAAUUAAGUUGACACUUUGAUUCUACACGCUUGCGAAAUACAACUUUUAAUCCCUACUUCAAGUAAUAAUGUUUUGUUCUAGAUAUUCAGGUAUGUUCAAUUAAAAUAAAGCGCUAUUUUUUUUUUACAGCACAUCGAGAUUUAUUUUCAUGCAUUUUUGAACUAUUUUUAUAGGGAAAAAAAAAAAAAUAAAAUGGAUAUAAAACUGAAUGCUUAGGUAACAACAUUAACAGCAUUAGGUUCAAACAAGACUUGAGAGACUAGAUAACUCAAACAGACUUGUGAUAUCUUUUUCUACUUUCUUCAAAAUUCCUGUUCAAUCUUUUUCUCUUAUACUGACAAUUCGGUUGAACUCAUCAGUGAACGAAGAGUUUAUUAAUUCAACAUACCUAAAUUCUUAAAAAAAAGUAUUAUUACUUGAGGGGGGAAUCUAAAAUAUAUAUUUCGCAGGCCAGUGUUAUUUGCUCAAAUCGUCGUUAAUCGCUGUUUGAUAUUGCAUAAUUAAUAAAUUCUUUCCACACAUUUUUUUUUUUUUAACUGAAAAUACUUUCAAGCGUGAAUGUGUGGAAACAAUGAUCUCACGUGAUGCGAGCCAGAUAAAUGAGAUGUAACAUUUGAUGGCUUUGUGUUAUCAAAUACUAAUAACAAUAAUAAUUACAAUUACCAGUUCAUAAUUUUACUUAAUACUCGUGAUCAUGCAUUCAAAUCGUUCAAGCAGGAAGGGAAAUUGCGGUCAUGUUUUCCUUUUCUACUAUUAUAACGUAGGCAAAAUUCACGACUCAGAUCAUUGCCAAUGAUAUAGUCGGUUGACGUUCGCGAUGGUAUGAUCAAUAAAAUAAACUUGGUUAAAGAAAUAAAAAUUUUGGAAUUCCUCAUCAGGCUCCAUUGUGAUUCCAACUUUUCUUAAAGUAUUUUACUUUAGCGUCGAAAAUCCAGUCCACGGAUUCUUUCACUUGCUAUUUUAUAGUUUUGCUCAUUGUUCAAUAUAAUCACUGUAUGAUGGUGAAUAAAUAUUCUAGGCUGAAAGCUUUGAUCUGCGAUUCACGAAGAAUCUAAAGUAAAUUUAUGAAAUUAUACUUAAUUAUAUGAGAUUAGUGUGCCAUAUGUUAAUUUAAUGUAAAACUAAUUCUCUCGGUGACCCCUAAUUUUGAUGCACUGAUUUUUUAUAGCACGAAACAAGAAUUCUCAUACGGUUUGAAUUUUUACAACAUAAGAUGAAGAAAUGUGUAGCCAUGCAAGUGUAUGCAUGAUAUGUCGUGUGUAUUCAAAUUUAUAAUUUAUCAGAAGUACUGACGUAAUGACAUAAUAUAAUUAAUUUUUCCUCGUCAGUUACGCCGUACAUUAGCUCAUAUAUACUGUUACACGUAUUUUGGGAAUGUUGGAAUGUGAUGAAUGAAUCUGUACGUGGUCGUAUUGAAUUCUCCAAUAUUUUAAAAUUUUAAUAAUUAAAUUUGUCACCGUUUAUUUAUAUGUAAGAAAUAAUUAUUAAAAUAAUUAUGCAAAACGAA